GGGCGGAGCUCUGUCUGCAACGUCACAGCAGGCUGACCGGCAGCGGAGGACAGUUUAAACUCAGCCGGUGUCACCCGGAUGGUAAACAGGCUGCAGGGAAGCCAGCGGGGCAGGCCGCACAGCUGACCGGCUGUCCCCUCCUGUCCGCCGCGGCGGAUCAUGAAGGUUAACCGCCUCCUUGCUGCUAAACACUGAAGAUGCGGAAAGACGUGAGGAUCCUGCUGGUUGGGGAGCCCAAGGUGGGGAAGACGUCCCUCAUCAUGUCCCUGGUCAGCGAAGAAUUCCCAGAUGUGGUUCCCUAUCGAGUGGAGGAGAUCACUAUACCAGCAGACGUCACACCUGAAAGGGUUCCCACGCACAUCGUGGACUAUUCAGAGGCAGAGCAGACAGAUGAGCAGCUGUUCCAGGAGAUCUCUAAGGCAAAUGUGAUUUGCAUCGUCUACUCCGUCAACAACAGGACGUCCAUGGAGAAGGUGACGGAGCACUGGAUCCCUCUGAUCACAGAGAACACGGACAAGGACAGCAGGGUUCCUCUGAUCCUCGUGGGGAACAAGUCAGACCUGGUGGAACACAGCAGCAUGGAGACUAUUCUGCCUAUUAUGAACCAGUACAGUGAGAUAGAGACGUGUGUAGAGGUGAGAAAGUAUCUCUGCAGAGACACCAUAAGAUUCCCCCGCCAGCAGCAACAUUUGCAUUUAUUGGAUCACUGCUGCUGAACGCCUCAAGAAAAAGUCAGAGGAUGAAUGAGAGCAGAUCCAGUUAGUGCCAGUAGAAGUCGAGGUGGUUUAACCGACUGCGCUGCGUUUCUCUGGCAGCGGGCGUGCUUCCACAGCCCCCUGGAGCCUCAGGCGUUGGAGGAUGUGAAGAACGUUGUGAGGAAGAACCUGAUUGAUGGCGUGCUCCAUAACGGACUCACCCUAAAAGGCUUCCUCUUUCUGCACACGCUCUUCAUUCAGCGCGGCCGCCAUGAAACCACCUGGACAGUUCUAAGGAGGUUCGGGUACGACGAUGACCUGGAGCUAAACCAGGACUAUCUCUUCCCUCCGCUAAAGGUUCCUCCUGACUGCAGCACGGAGCUGAACCACAACGCCUACCUCUUCCUGCAGAGCGUCUUUGACAAACACGACAAGGACCGUGACUGCGCCUUGUCGCCUGAUGAGCUGAGGGACCUGUUUGAUGUUUUCCCGUACACGCCCUGGGGUCCAGAUGUCAACAACACGGUGUGCACCAACGAGCAAGGCUGGAUCACCUACCAGGGCUUCCUCUCUCAGUGGACGCUAACGACGUAUCUGGACGUCCAGAGAUGUCUGGAGUAUUUCGGUUACCUUGGUUACUCCAUAGUUGCUGAGCAGGAGUCCCAGGCUGCAGGAAUCACAGUGACCAGAGCUAAGAAGAUUGACCUGCAGAAGAAACAGACGCAGCGGAACGUCUUCCGCUGCAACGUGUUUGGAGCCGUGGGCAGCGGGAAGAGCGGCUUCCUGCAGGCCUUCCUGGGCAGAAACCUGCUGCGACAGAAUAUGAUGAAGGAGGAGCACCGAUCGUUCUACGCCAUCAGCACAACCUUCGUUUACGGCCAAGAGAAAUACCUUCUGCUUCAUGAGGUUUUCCCAGACUUGGAUUACCUGACUGAUGCGGAUAUGGGCUGUGACGUCGUCUGCCUGCUGUACGACGUCAGCAACGCCUGCUCCUUGGAGUACUGCGCCAAAGUCUUUAAGCAAUACUUCAUGGACAGCAAGACGCCGUGCAUGAUGGUCGCAGCCAAAUCCGACCUGCCGGAGGUCAAACAGACGUACGGCUGCAGCCCUCUGGAGUUCUGCAGGAAGCACAAGAUGCCGCCUCCGCAGAGCUUCACCUGUAACACGGCAGCAGCACCAGACCGAGAAAUCUACACCAAACUGACCACUAUGGCCAUGUACCCCCACGCCCGGCUGCGCUGCAUGUGCACCUGUAACCGGUGCACCUUCUGCUUGUGUCAGAACCUGCUGAACUCUGAGCUGCUGCAGAGCAUCAGGGCCAAACUCUACGCUGUGGUGCUCAGAAGACACAUAAUCCAGGAGGACCUGAGCAGCGCCACCUUCUGGCUGAGGGCCAGUGUGGGGGCCACGGUGUUUGCAGUGCUGGGCGUCGCUCUGUUCAGGGCGCUGCUGAAGACGCGCUGAUCCUCAGCUGCCACCCCUGUUACCAUGGUAACC